AGCGGAGGGGAGGGAGGGGUUUAAAGUGGAAGGCGGCAAGCCCGGCGGCUGCGGUUGGGAGCCGGAAGUGGGGGCGCAUGGCGGAUCUUAGGGGAGAGGAGCUCAGCCUUAUGGACAAAGGCAUCAAAAGUUUAGCAGAAUUAUCUUUACAUCUGAAGCUCCACACGCUCAACCUGCACUGUAACCAGAUCUCCAGGAUUGAAAGGCUUGACCACUUAGUGAACUUGCAGCACCUGGAUCUCUCAUCCAACCGCAUUUCCUGCAUCGAAGGACUAAGCUCCCUUACAGGCCUGCGUACCUUAAACCUGGCUUGUAACUUGAUUACAAAAGUGGAAGGAUUGGAAAAGCUAUUUAACUUAACUAAACUGAAUUUGUCAUACAACCAGAUACAUGACAUUACAGGACUUCUAUCUCUUCGUGGACCCAGUUGUAAAAUCAGUUACAUUGAGCUUCAUGGUAAUUGUAUAGACAACAUUAACCAUUUGCUCCAGUGCUUGAGUGGAUUACAGUACCUGAGCAACCUAUCUUUAGAGAAGAAUGGAAAAAGCAAUCCAGUGUGUUCCAAAAUAGGUUAUAGAGAGAUCCUCCUUCAGGCUUUACCGCAGCUAACUGUCCUCGAUGGAAAAAAUAUAUUUGGUGAACCUGUAAAUUUGGUGGAAGCAAACUCAUCAGAUUUAAAAUGUUUAGAAGGUCUUUUAGACUGCUUGGCAUCAUCAAGUUCUCCUACAGAUGACGAAAAGACUUGUGUUAAUUUACCAGUGCUAACACCUCGCAUUGAUCAGGUGUUGGCUCAGUUUCACCAACGUGCAAAUAUACCAAGCUGGCCUAUCACUAGCUCAUCCACGGAGGUCAUAUCUUCUUCUGAACCAGAACAAACCAAAUGUGACCGCGACAUGAGACUAAAAAAACUUGAGGAUCAGAUAUCACUCCUACUGGAAAAGGUGACUAAUUCUUCUCAAUCUGGCAUUGCCCUGAAUGUUCUCAAAGCGAAAAGAGAGACAGAUCUUACUUCAGAGAGUGAUGGGGAAAGUAAAAAAGGGAACAGGAAGGUUGCUAAAAGAAGCAAGCUGCCUACUUACCGAAAAGCAACUUUACCUACCAAGUACCAUUCUCAAAAAGGCAAAACAUCAGACAGGGGAGAAGAACAAACUGGCAGAAAAUCAAAAAUUCCAGAGUCUCAUGCCAAAGAAGAUGAAACAUCAAGUCCAACUUCAGAAAUCCCAAGCCUGGAAAUAGUUGGGAAGUCAUCGAAGAAACUAACUGGGCAGAAAAAUGAAAUCAAAAAACUAAAAAUCAUGGAUUCUAACACACCAGAAGAGUCCACUUACAGGGCACUAAUUCAAGAAUUAGAUCAGGAAAGAGAGAAGAGAUGGAAGGCUGAAGAAGCUGAAAAGAAAAUGAGAGAAAAUCUCAAACUGCUGCAGAAUCAUGCCAAAGAAGAAAAAGAUAUUCAAAGUAUGGCAGUAUAUAUUACAGACAGGCUAAGAGAAUUGAUUUUAAGAGAAAGAAAUGCAAAGACAAAACUUCAGAUUGAUGCUCAGCAAUUGAAAGAGGAAAUAGGAAGACUUAGUAAGGAAUUGAAUUGGUCAAAGCAGAAGGAGGAAGAUCAGCAGCAAACAUUGCAAACUUUAGAACAAAAACUAUCCAAAAUGGAAACACAAAGGGUACAACAACAAACUUCAGAGAUGAAACAAAUUCAAACUGCGGAACUUAAAGCUACAGCAGCUGAAAGGGAAGUGCAGUUACUUCGAAUAUCUCUUCGGCAACAAAAGGAGAAGACACAACAAGUCCAUGAGCUUCUCAUGUUAAGAGAGCAAGAACACAGAAAAGAACUCGAAACUAGGGUUGCAUUAAAUGGCUCAGAAUUCCAAGAAGCUCUGUCAAAAGAAGUUGCUAGAGAGCAGCAGAGGCAUGAACAUCAUAUCAAAGAACUGCAGGAGAAAGUGCACCAGUUAAAUCAGAAUUAUAAAGAUUUAGAAGAUGAGUUUCGUAUGGCAUUAACUAUAGAAGCCAAAAGAUUUACAGAGGUAAAAGAAGCCUUUGAUAACAUUGCCACUGAGCUGACUGAACAUAAGCAUGCUCUUGUUCAGUCUCAGCAAAAAGAAAAGCAAUCAGCUGCACUGGUCCAAGAGUUGACAUCCAUGGUGAAAGAACAAAAAGCUAAGAUUACAGAACUGAUUAAAUUGAAGCAAGAAACAACUUACAGUCUGAAAAGUCGGAUUCAAACACUUGAAAACAUGGUGGAGGAAGAUAAACAGAAGACAAUUCAGCUUGAGCUUCUUAAACAAGAAAAAUCAAAACUUAUUUCACAGAUAACAGCCCAAGAAUCUAUAAUUGAUGGAUUAAAAGCAGAAAGGAAACUUUGGGGAGAGGAGCUAGCACAGCAGGGAGCUUCUCUUGCUCAAGAUCGGGGGAAACUGGAAUCCAAAAUCGAAAUCCUAUCUGCUGAGAACGAGGCUCUGAAAAAGCAAAAUGAACGUAUCAAUGAUGGAUUAAAGAUAAAAUCUAAAAUAGUGGAGGACCAAACGGAAACAAUUAGAAAGUUGAAAGAAUCCUUACAGGAACGAGAUGAACGAAUAAGAAAGCAACGUGAAGAAAGUACUCAAAUCCAGAAGAGACUUCAGGCACAGCUUGAAGAGAAAGAGGCACAACUGGAUGACUUUGUGGAAAAGUUAGAAAGGCAAAAUGAGAGAAAAGAAGAACUCAAACAACAGUUGCAGGAAAAAGAUAUGGAGCUUGAAGCAAUUAAGAAAUCUUAUAGUGCAAUGAAUAAGAAAUGGCAAGAUAAAGGAGGCUUAUUGAGCAAGUUGGAAGCACAGGUUAAACAAAUGAAAGAAAACUUUGAUACCAAGGAAAGGCAACUGAUUGAGGAACGAGAUAAAAGUCUUCAAGCACAGAGGGCAUUAACAGAAAAACUGCAUUCUGUGGAUGAUGCUUUCCGGCAGCAGCUUGAAUCAACACUAGCAGCACAUCAAGCAGAAUUGCUCCAGCUUGCAAAUGAAAAGCAAAAACAGAUUGUGACAGCAAAUGAAAAGGUUUAUCGGGUUGAAGAAGAAAUGCGUCAACUGCUGCAAGAAACUGCAAGCAAUAAAAAAGCCAUGGAAGAGAAAAUUAAACGACUUACAGUUGCGUUGAGAGACAUUCAGCAAGAACUGUGAAAUACACACGAAAAGUGAAAAUCUUUCAAGAGUUAGACACUACAUUGAUGGAAAUACUUAAUGAAACGGCUCUUACAGCCUUGGAAUUGAGCUUUUUUGGGAAGACUUUUCACUGGGAGAACUAUAUGUGUGU